CCAACUUAUUUUCCUCUACAAAAGAUUGAAACCAGUAAACUCACCACACACUUUUUUUUCUUCUAUCUUCUCUCUUUUCUCUUCUUCUCCUCUUCUUUUCCACCUACAAUGGCGGAAACUGAACCGUUGCAAAAACCAACCUACAUUCCUCUCCAAGAGCUUCAAAAACACAACAAACGCGGCGACGCAUGGAUCGCCAUUGACGGCAAGAUCUACGACGUUUCAAAAUGGGCCAACCACCACCCCGGCGGCGAGACUCCCCUCCUCAACCUCGCCGGCCAAGACGUUACCGAUGCGUUCCUCGCUUUCCACCCUCCCUCCGCCUACAAACGACUGGAUGCAUUCUUCACCGGGAAUUACCUCCGUGAUUACACCGUCUCCGAAGUCUCUCGUGAUUACCGGAGUUUGUUCUCCGAGCUCACGAAAUUAGGGUUGUUCGAAGAUAAAGGACACGGUGUUUUGAUUUUGCUUUCGUUGAUUGUUGUUAUGUUCUGUGUCAGUGUUUAUGGUGUUCUGUUUUCUGAUAGCAUGGUUGUUCAUGUGCUGUGUGGCGGGUUGAUGGGGUUUCUGUGGAUUCAGAGUGGGUGGCUUGGUCAUGAUUCUGGUCAUUAUCAGAUCAUGGUGAACAGGAAAUGGAAUCGGUUUAUGCAGAUCCUUUCUGGGAAUGUUCUUGCUGGUAUAAGCAUUGGGUGGUGGAGAUGGAACCAUAAUGCUCAUCAUCUUGCUUGUAAUAGUCUUGAUUUUGAUCCUGAUCUUCAGCAUUUACCGUUUUUCGUCGUGUCGUCGAAGUUUUUUACCUCGCUUACAUCUUGUUUUUAUGGUAGGAAGAUGAACUUUGAUUCCUUUGCUAGGUUUCUGGUUAGUUACCAGCAUUGGAGUUAUUACCCUGUGAUGUGUUUUGCUAGGCUCAAUUUGUUUGCUCAAUCGUUUUUCCUGUUACUGUCUAAUAGAAAAGUUCCUAACAGAAAGAUGGAGCUUUUAGGGUUGCUUGCUUUUUGGAUUUGGUACCCUUUAUUGGUUUCCUUUUUGCCGAAUUGGCGUGAAAAGGUUUUGUUUGUGCUUGCUAGUUUUGCUGUCACUGGUAUUCAACAUGUUCAGUUCACUUUGAAUCAUUUCUCUGCCAGUGUUUAUGUCGGGCCGCCGACCGCACAUGAUUGGUUUGAGAAGCAAGCUCAUGGAACUCUUGAUGUGAGUAGUUCGUCUUGGAUGGAUUGGUUUCAUGGUGGUUUGCAGUUUCAGAUUGAACACCAUCUGUUUCCAAGGCUUCCGAGGCGUAAUCUGAGGAAGAUUGCGCCGUUGGUUAAGGAUCUGUGCAAGAAACAUAACCUUCCUUAUACUUGUGUGUCUUUCUGGAAGGCUAAUGUGCUUACCGUUCAGACGUUGAGGAAUGCUGCUUUGCAGGCGCGGGAUCUUACUAAACCAGUUCCGAGAAACUUGGUUUGGGAAGCUGUUAAUACUCAUGGAUGAAACAGCGAAUUCGAGUGAACCUUUGUAAGGUUUUGCUGUAUUUGAAGAAAGAAUAAUAACAGAUUUGCAAAUUGCUUAGCAGCUUAGAUUUGAUCGAUAGUUGUCUUAGCUGCGUGAUUUUCUGUCAAGUGAUAGGUUAGAAAGAAACUACUGAUACUGGUUCAUUUGAGGUUUUAUAGAUUUUUGUAUUUUGUAUUUUGCUUAUCUUCAUGAUUGAAGAGUAAGAUGUAAGUGCAGUUUAGUUUGUAUGUUUGAUUUCCUUAUGCAGCAAUGUGUAUUUCUACUACAUAACGAUUUGUGUUAUGCCUGGGAAUUCAUUGUUGUUUGGAACAUAAAUAGUACUUUAUGUUAAA